CGGUGGUGGUGGCUGUUGCGACUUUGGAGGUUGGUGCGGCGCUAGGAUGAACGCGCCUCCCGCCUUCGAGUCGUUCUUGCUCUUCGAGGGCGAGAAAAAGAUUACCAUUAACAAGGACACCAAGGUACCCAAUGCCUGUUUGUUCACCAUCAACAAAGAAGACCACACGCUAGGAAACAUCAUUAAAUCACAGCUGCUGAAGGACCCGCAGGUGCUAUUCGCUGGCUACAAAGUCCCCCACCCCUUGGAGCACAAGAUCAUCAUCCGGGUGCAGACCACCCCGGACUACAGCCCGCAGGAGGCCUUCACCAAUGCCAUCACGGACCUCAUCAGCGAGCUCUCCCUGCUGGAGGAGCGCUUCCGGGUGGCCAUUAAAGACAAGCAAGAAGGCAUCGAGUAGCGGCGGGGAGAGUGUUGCUGGGCCGGCUCCCACCCUGCGCUGGAACGUUGUUCAGCUCCCAGUA